GAGGAUAAAAUCGCGUUCGCUCGUCUUCCCUCCAUUCCCGCCUCCCUCAACCACUCCCCAAAAUUCUCUCUCUUCCAUCAACAUGUCGCCGGCGAAAACUUUCCGGCGAAAUCUUCACUUCCUCUCUCUACUCUCACUCAUCUGCCUCGUCUCCGGCGCCAUAUCCGACGAGCUCCAAAUACUCCUCACCAUCAAAACCUCCCUCCAAAACCCCAACACCAACGUGUUCGAUUCAUGGAAUUCAAACAAUCUGCCAUGCAAUUUCACCGGAAUCACCUGCAACCCAGAUGGCUCAGUCAAAGCAAUCGAACUAUCGAAUCAACGCCUCACCGGAAUCGUUCCUUUUCAUUCAAUUUGCCAAUUACAAUCACUCCAAAAGCUCUCUCUUGGUGGAAACUCGUUAAUCGGAUCUCUCUCGGAGGACUUGGGGAAGUGUGUUCGGUUACAGUAUUUGGACCUCGGCAAAAAUUUGUUCUCGGGAUCAAUUCCAGACAUGUCUUCUCUCAACAGACUAAUGUAUCUGGAUAUGAAUGGCAGUGGAUUUUCCGGCACUUUCCCAUGGAAUUCGCUUGCGAACAUGUCGGGUCUUGUCGUAUUGAGCCUCGGAGACAACCCGUUCGAUCGGACUCCAUUUCCAGAUGUGGUGGUGGGGCUUACUCAAUUGAGAUGGCUUUACUUAUCGAAUUGUGGUAUAGAAGGGCGAAUUCCUCCGGGAAUUGGAAAUCUCACCGAGCUGAUCAACCUAGAGCUUGCCCAGAAUUCUCUCUCCGGCGAAAUCCCAACGGAGGUUUCGAAGCUUUCGAAGCUAUGGCAGCUGGAGUUCUACGCCAACAACUUGAUUGGAAAAAUCCCAGUUGGGUUCGGAAACCUCACGAGUCUCGAGAAGUUUGAUGGUUCAAACAAUACACUCCAGGGUGAUCUUUCCGAGCUCAGGUCCUUGAAUAAUCUGGUGUCUCUGCAACUAUACAAAAACGGGUUUUCCGGCGAAAUACCGCCGGAGUUGGGUGAAUUCAAGAAGCUUGUGAACUUGUCGCUUUAUAUGAACCAGCUCACCGGUCCUCUUCCUCGGAAUCUCGGGUCGUGGGCCGAGUUCGAUUCAAUCGACGUUUCGGAGAAUUUUCUGACUGGUCCAAUACCGCCGGACAUCUGCAAGAUGGGGAAGAUGAGGAAGCUUUUGAUGAUUCAGAACAAGCUCACCGGCGAAAUUCCGGCGACGUACGCGAAUUGUACGUCGUUGUUACGUUUUCGGGUGAGUAACAAUUCGCUUAGUGGUGUUGUUCCGAGUGGAAUUUGGGGACUACCCAUCGUCGGAUUCAUCGAUGUUGCCAUUAAUCGAUUCGAAGGUCCGAUUACGUCUGAUAUUGGAAAUGCAAAUUCUUUAGCCCAAUUAUUCGUCUAUAAUAAUCAAUUUUCCGGUGAAUUACCGCCGGAGAUUUCAAAAUCCAAUGCAUUAACUGAUAUCAAUCUUGGGUACAAUCAAUUUUCGGGCAACAUUCCGGCGACAAUUGGCGAACUCAAACAGCUGAACAGCCUUCGUUUAGAGAACAAUAUGUUUUCGGGUCCAAUACCGGAGAGUAUAGGCUCCUGUGUUGCUCUCAACCAAAUAAACAUGGCUCACAAUUCACUUUCCGGCGAAAUUCCAGCUUCAAUCGGGCAAUUACUGGGUCUGAACUCCUUAAAUUUGUCGGAAAAUGAGCUCUCUGGUCAAAUUCCGGCGAAUUUAUCAUCGCUGAGUCUAAACCUCAUCGAUCUCUCCUACAACCGAUUAACCGGACCCAUUCCACAGUCUCUCUAUUACGGUGUUUUCGCUGGAAACAGUGGCCUCUGCAGUCAGAAAAACAAGAAUUUCAAACGUUGUUCGUCAGAUUCCGGCGAUUCUCAGUACCUCCGAGUAACCAUACUUGCCGUGGCAGCGGGCACAAUUGUGUUGCUUCUAUUAGUUCUAUGUAUUUCGUACUUUAAAAAGAGUAAAAAAAAUGAUCAAGACCGUUCUCUAAAGGAAGAUUCAUGGGAUGUAAAGUCAUUCCAUAUCUUGACAUUCACCGAGGAUGAGAUUCUUGAUUCGAUCAAGCAAGAGAAUCUAAUUGGAAAAGGCGGGUCUGGGAAUGUUUACAGAGUUUCACUUGCAAAUGGCAAAGAAUUGGCUGUCAAGCAUAUUUGGAAUUCGGAUUCCGGUGGCUGGAAAAAGUACCGGAGUACUAGUUCGAUGCUCACCAAGCGUGCCGGAAAGUCCAAGGAGUUUGAUGCUGAGGUGAAAAUUUUGAGCGAAAUUAGGCACAUCAAUGUGGUGAAAUUGUAUUGUAGCAUUACAAGUGAGGACUCGAGCUUGCUGGUGUACGAGUACAUGCCGAAUGGGAGUUUGUGGGAUCAAUUGCAUACUUGUAAGAAGACGGCGAUGGAUUGGGAAACUAGAUAUGAGAUAGCGGUUGGGGCGGCGAAGGGGUUGGAGUACUUGCAUCACGGGUGUGAGAGGCCGGUGAUUCACCGUGAUGUUAAGUCAAGUAACAUUUUGCUGGAUGAGUUUUUGAAGCCGAGGAUUGCUGAUUUUGGGCUAGCAAAGAUUGUUCAGGGUCAGACCCAUUCAAGCAAGGACUCAACUCAUGUGAUCGCCGGAACCCCAGGCUACAUCGCUCCCGAAUAUGGAUAUACUUAUAAGGUGAAUGAGAAGUGUGAUGUCUAUAGCUUCGGAGUAGUUUUAAUGGAGCUCGUGACAGGAAAAAGGCCGAUCGAGCCAGAGUUCGGGGAGAACAAGGACAUAGUGAAUUGGGUAUCCAACAAACUGAAGAGUAAAGAAAUUGUGUUGAGCACAGUGGACUCCACCAUCCCAGAAGCUUAUAAGGAAGAGGCAAUCAAGAUACUCAAAAUUGCCAUUCAUUGCACAUCUAGGCUUCCAGCUUUGAGGCCUACAAUGAGAAGUGUGGUUCAAAUGCUUGAAGAAGCUGACCCUUGUAAACUAGUCGGCAUCAUUAUUAGCAAAGAUGGUGGUAGUAAGAAAGAUGAAGUGAUGGAUUACGAUAAGGUUAAAUCUAGGCCUGUCAAUAGAUCAGAUUCAGACUUAUUCUAGUGUAAUCUAAAUUCAAACCCGAUCCAAUUAAUCCAAGUAGCAAAAUGGCCGAAAGUAGCUAGUUGGUGUUGGUUUAGCAUAGUUGAUUCACCAUGGCCGAUUUGUAACAUAUAUGAAGGAUUUUGUUUGAAGCAUCUUCUACCAUAUUAAUUAGGGCCUUGUAAUAUAAUGUUUGUCACUUGUGUGUGCAUAAUUUUGCUGUUUUUCCUUUGGAUGAAGUAGUGGUUGUUUAUCAUUUAAGAAGGGGACCAUUUGGAUGAAUA